CUGACAUACAUCUUAAGAUACGCACUCACUUUCAAACCUCUGUAUCAAACCGUCAAAAACAACUUACAUUAAGUCAAUAUUACCCACUGUCUAGUAUUGUUGACAAUAGAAGCGUUCCUCGACCUUCGGAUACCUCUCACACCAGCGCAUUAUCUGACGCAGAUGGAUUCCAGCCCAAAUGAUAAUGAUCAGUCAUCAACAUCUGAAGCCCGCCAGAAGCGCUCACGCGUUCUUCUUUCAUGCGCACCAUGCCGCAACUCAAAGUUGAAGUGUGAUAGAGAGCAACCAUGUGGGCAAUGCUCCAAAAAGGGACGCGCAUCUCAGUGUGCCUAUGCCCCAAAACCUGAACGGAAACGGCCUGCCAAAGGCAUGUCCGCACGUUUGAAGCGUCUCGAGGGCAUGGUGCGGGAGAUGAUGGACUCUGAAGGUACAGCCCCAGGAACCCAUGCAAGUGCUGGAGCCAGGGCAGGAUUGGCGAACGGUACUGCUACAGGACCGGACGUCCAAGGCCAUGUCGUACACAGCGAGAAAGGGGCAACCUACGUGGGCGCAACGCAUUGCAUGGCGAUGCUGGAGGAUAUUGAGGACUUGAAAGACUACUUUGAGCAACCUGAAGAAGCGGGAGAGGAUCAAAUCCUAGACGAUGAGAUUGAUCCCACAGAAGUCAUGUUGAACACAAGAGCUGGACCAAGGAACCGAGAGGAGCUGCUAAGUCGCCUACCAGAGAGAAAGGUCGCAGACAGACUUCUUUCGCGUUACUUUGCAUCGAUGAGUCCUUCGCAACAUAUUGUUCACCGGCCAGUUUUUACCAGGCAGUAUUCUAAGUUCUGGCAAGACCCUAACGAAGCAUCAUUGCAUUGGAUAGCGCAAUUAUUCAUGAUGCUCAGCCUUGGCGUCUUUUUCAAUAACUUUAUCAACUCGAGUGAGCUCGAGGGUGACUCUCCUCUCCCAGCUCAGGACAGGAUCCGUCACUACAAGGCUUGUGCUGGAUGGGCUCUCGUCUGGGGCAAAUACACACAACCAUCUUCGGCGACGCUCCCAGCGUUCUUGCUCUACGUCGAGUCAUCUUUCCUCUUUAACCGUGCAGCUCAAAUGAACUGCUACGUACUCUCAGGCGUGUGUAUCCGUCUGAUGCUCAAGAUGGGUCUCCAUAGAGACCCAAGCAAACUGGCGAACAUCUCACCUUAUGAGGGCGAGAUGCGGAGGCGCAUGUGGAACAUGGCUAUUCAAGUCGAGCUUCUCGUUUCUUUCCACAUGGGCCUCCCGAGCAUGCUACAAGGUAUAGAAACUGAUACUGCAGUACCACGAAAUCUAGACGACCAUGACUUUGACGAAGACUCGACGGAAUUGCCGCUUAGUCGACCACCUACAGACUGGACCUCCAUGACAUAUCCAAUCCAUAAGACACAGAUUCUUCGGGUGUUUGGACAGAUCGCGAGACAAGCUCAUGCUCUGACACCGCCAAGUUAUGCUGAGGUCGCCAAGCUCGACAACUUGCUGCACGAGACCUGGAAGAGUGUCCCAUCUUUCAUGAUGGUACGGCCACUAGAUGAGUGUGUUGGUGAUCCGCCCGUUCUGCUCAUCCAACGUUUCGGGUUGACAGCCCUAUACAACAAAUGCCGUAUUGUAUUGCAUCGUCGGUAUCUCGCAGAGGCAAUACCGCAACGUGAGCAUGAUUACUCACGCAGGCAAUGUCUGGAGGGUGCUUUGUCGCUGCUCAAUUACCAACACAUUAUCUGGGAAGCUUGCAAGCCAGGUCACGUAUUGAGCCAGCAUGGUUGGUUUGUCUCGUCCCUCGCGGUUCAUGACUUUCUCAUGGCCGCAAUGGUGCUUUACCUCGUCGUCAAGAACGAAAAUUACUCAGAGGUUGGAAGUGACUAUGACUGGAUGUCGCAGACUGCACCAACGCCGACUAAAGACGAACUAAUUUGCAUAAUCAAGAGGUCUUGGCUCAUCUGGGCAGAUGUGUCACGAGACGCAGUGGAAGUCAAGAAGACAGCAGAUACACUGGCUACAAUGUUGGCCAAGCUCGGAGCUCCAGUCGAAGAGCCGGCGAAUGCCCUUGAGCAAGCUGUUCCCAGUGUUAAUGGUGAUAAGGAAUACUCUUCGCUUGGGGCUCCAUCUGUAGACCCUAGCACACUGGGGUCGAUCGGAGGUGAUCCGGCACUGCUAUCGACUCUGGGGUUGGGCUCAUCAACGGGAUCUACAUCAGAUCAGACACCCCUGGAUCUUAAUCUGGCAGGAGAUGCAGGAACUAGCAUGAACUUUACGAAUAUGGGGACGGAAGGUCUUCAGUUCGAUCCGGCUUGGAUGGAUACUGCAGCUAGCAACAUGGACUGGGUAAGUUGCGUCGUAGUCGUUAUCAUGAAAGCUGUGCAUUUGGUAAACUAACAAUCUCGGCAGCGUUACCUCGACAUAUCGCUGGCUCACAGUCAUGAUGCUGGACGCAACGAGGACACUGGUCAGACGUGGAUAGAGAGGGCACCACCUUUGGAACAAAUGGAUAUCAUGGGUUCAGGAAUCUGGAUUCCAGAUCAUCCUGAAUCCACUUGAGGAUGAUCAAUCAACAUCUUUAGAAGUGUAGUUAUGGUUAUACUAGAGUCGAUCAUAUUGCCAAUCUGAAACCAGGCUUUGACCACGACAGCUUAUCGUAUCUCUUGUUGAUAACUUGUUGAGUCAGAUAGCAAGGUGAGAAUGCUGAUAACGUUGGAGACAGAUCGCCCUCGGGAUAUGUCACCGCUUCAACAAACGAAAGGGUGGUGUGGCCCUCACGAACCGUUACAACCAUCGGGCCAUGCAAUGCAUACACAACAUUCCGAGCUAGGUCCGCUUUCUGGGGAAACAAGAUCCGGGGAACUAGCUAGCAAUCCCCGCAGAGCAUUUAGAUGUUGAUGAUCUGGAUGAAGCUCAUAUCAGGGAACAUAUAAUUCGAAGUGGGAGAGGAUUCAGGCUUCUCAUGCUUGACCUUUGUUUCUUCUUUUUGCCAACAGGCAAUAUUGCCGCAGUAUUUGGUGAUUGAACAGUCGGCACAAGAUCAUCAUUGUGACAGUAUCACCAAUAUUGCGAAAUGGCUGACGUGUUCGCCUUGAAACACCCACCGAUAAGCAUGUCAAUACACGAUAUGAUAACAACUGAACCCAAUCCAAAGGAUCACGGUG